AUGGCUGAUAAGCCUGGCUCUACAGGUGGAAGGCUGCUGAAGGCCACGGAACGAAAUCAAGGAGAACAACUACCUCGCCAUCCGGGCUUCGAAGCAGGCAAGAACUCCAAAUUCGAUUCUUCACGUUCUUCAAGUACCUCUAGAGCUACUGCAAAACCUCAAGAAGCAUUUGAUCAGCAAACUUUUGAUCUCGGUGAAUACCGUCCAUGGGGAAACCCGCUUACUUGGAAACGAAGAAUAUUACAGCCCGCACCCCUGAACGUAUGCACAAAGUCGUAUAAGAGCUUCAGUUUGGCCGACACCAUGCCUCUGGAAGAGUUCAAUACCCAGGCUACACAACCAUACACCGAUCCAAGACGUUUGGGGUUACAUGGCUCUGGUAUCAGUGAGGAAGACGCUGCUGACGUGAUCUGUAUUCUGCACCCAAGCACGCCCGCGGCAAAUGAGGCAGUGGAAGCUACCUUGAAGCAUAAUCCGAACCACAUUAUUCCCAAUGCCGACCUGAUAGACAAGAAUGACGAUGCACUAUUCGAUCCUGCCGCCAAAGUCGACCCCUUGAAUAGAGAAAUAGCUCUACGAAUCUCGUCUCAUGUCAAGAAGUCAGACUCGGGCUUCGUUUUUGGGCGAAAUCCAGAUAAGUCAGACAUACUGCUGACAACAGAUCGGAACGAUACCAUGGUAAGCAAUCGCCAUUUCCGAAUCUACUGUAGCAAAGAUGGAGUCCUGAUGCUUGAGGACAACUCAACAAAUGGCACCGUUGUGGAUGACCAUCACCUGUAUUGGAAGAAAAGCAAGGAAACAGACGAAUCCUCUAGCAUGCUGCAGAAUGGAGCUCUCAUCUAUAUUGUUGGUCAUGACGGAAAACAAAUCAAAUUCCUUGUGCGAAUCCCGAACCGUGGAGAUCAACAAGGGGCGUACAAUGCAAAUCUGGCAAGAUAUGUUAGUAACAUGCCAGGUCCAAAAUCAAAAAUCGUGCUGUCUCCGGCUGAGCAUCCAUACGGCAUGGUGUGGAAUGGAGGCUCAAUAUACAAUGUUAUCGGAUGCUUAGGCAAAGGCGCCUUCGCUACAGUCUACAAGCUGGCUACCAAGAAAGAUGGCCACGUCUAUGCAGCCAAAGAACUCGAUCAGAGAAGAUUUCGCAAAGCUGGUAUUUCGGAUAUCAAAAUCGACAACGAAAUCCAAAUCAUGAAAGACCUUCGACAUCCCAACAUUGUCCAGUACGAAGAUUAUCAUGUUCACGAGGACCAUGCCUACAUCAUAAUGGAGCUUAUCACCGGCGGAGAGCUUGCUACAUAUAUGCUCAAGAACGGGCCUGUGGCGGAACCAAUGGUACAGACCAUCACCCGUCAGAUGCUGCACGCACUAGCAUAUCUACAUGGUCGUGGUAUUACGCACCGUGACAUAAAGCCAGACAACAUUUUGAUCUCAGAGAUGGAUCCGCUGCAUGUCAAACUAUCUGAUUUCGGCCUAUCCAAAUGCAUCACAAAUAAUGAGACAUUUCUGAAAACCUUCUGCGGCACCUUGCUGUACUGCGCACCGGAGAUAUAUCCAGGUUACGGAGAAUACGAUAAGGGGGGAACGAAGAAGCGAGCCCGAUCUGGAGACCCAUCAUCGAAGAGGUAUAGUGACCGGGUCGACAUGUGGUCAUUUGGAGCCGUGCUGUUCCACGUUUUGUGCAACAAAGCACCCGUCAUCACUGACAGCGAGAACACCAAUAAAGCAGCUCAGAUGCUCUCCAACAUCAUGACCCAAGAUAUUAACUUCGACCCUCUGUAUGCUGUCGGCGUCUCGGAGGAGGCCGUUGAUUUCGUCUCCUGUUUGCUUAAACGCAACCCGUCUUUGCGCCCGACCCCCAAAGCUUGCUUUGCACAUGCUUGGAUUGCGGAAGAGGCUGACUUGAUUGACUACAUGAACUUGGAUGACGAGAUGCCGGCCUACCGUGGUCAGGGGCUCGCUACCGUCGAAGAGGCAGACGAGGAUUUGCUUAGCCCAUCUAACAAUGCAGCGUACGAUCAAGUCUUUGGUGCGACAGGUGGCCUUUCUUUUGGGUACCUCAAUCAUGCAGGCGAGAGGGUGUCCAAGAGACAACGUUUCACCCUUAAAGGCAAGACCAAAGUUACAGCACCACCUUCUAGUGAUAUUGCAUACCCAGAGCUCCCACAAGUGUCGAAUUCAACCACUUCGCCAGUGAAUGCUCGAGGUGAACGACUAUUUGGCGAAAUCACGUCAUCUGCAUUACGAAGCUCUGGUGUUUUUGCUGGAGCAACACCUCCCGUGAGCGUACCUGCCCUGCAGCAGGAGGUUGAGCGAAUCAGUGUCAAUGACUUUGUCACUUUUGAAACCAGUGUGCCCCCUCCGAGUACCGGUGAAACUUCUGCACAACCGCUUCAAUACCCACGAACGCUUGCCAUUCCUGGAGCGCUACCGAGCUCAGCUCCCAGCUUACUUGGUGCGGAGGCGCAGAUUCGCCAGCUCAAUAUGGCUUCUCCAGAAUCUGGGCAUUCUGAAGGGACCACACCAGAAGCAGCCAAUCCGAUGACGCCGGAGACACGAGAAAUGACGCCAGGGCUCACCCAACAAGAGAAGAGCGAUACCACAACAUCUCAGCAAGAAGCGGCUCCUCAACCUUCGGAAGAGCCAGUAUUCAGCCGUUACAUUGAUCUCAAAGUUCCGGAGAGUCUUGCACAUGACACUGAAUUUGUGGAAGCAUUCAACGCCAGACAAGCUGAGGCCAAAGAACGACGAGCUAGAUUGGCCAAAGCGAAAGCGGCCAAAGCGAACACCUUCUCUGAAAUAGAGCGAACGUCGCAGGAAACAGAGGAACUUGCGAAGACGAUGGACGUGCGUGCCAGCAAGAAAGCUGGCUCCGGCGGAAGCAGUUCCCAGAAGACAAAACAACUGUUCUCCCGACGAACCGAUCAUUCGCCUCGUGAGUCAUUGUACCCAACAUCGAGAACUACACCUGACGGUUUUACCAAACCUUAUCGCCGGUUCGGCAAACUCACCACGGUACCCGGCUCCUUUACCGAUCAGACUAUUUACAUCAACUCUCGGAUGACGUCCUGGGGUCGUGGGAUUUCUUGCAAUGUCCGGUAUGAAGACACAACCGAUGUCCGAAUCCCACAGUACGCCAUCCAAAUCACGUACCAUGCGCCGGAUAUGGAAACGCGAAUUAAGAAAGAGCAACCGUGGGAGAACGCGCCUGGCAUUCAUACAGUUGUAUCGACCGGAGCGUCUCACUGCAUCUGGGUAAAUGAUGUUGAGCUGCGGAAGGAAUCCAGUAAGGAAAAGUGCAGGUAUUACGGCAAGAUCUAUACUGGGGAUAUUAUCACAGUUUUCCAGAGUGCAGAUCCCAAGGGUCCAUUCCUGAAAUUCAAAGUCGAGAUGAACUACGGAGACAGCGCAAGGCAACGACCAGAGAAGGAGAAAGGGUUUCAGGUAUUGAAGGAGUUUAGGCACCACAGGAGGGAAAUGGAACGCAGAGAAAGCGAGAAGUCCAAAAGCAAGGAAACGAUUGUAUCUGAUUCUGCACAGAAGACUACUUGA